GCCGAGGGGGCGGGCAGAGCGGCGCGCGGCGGGGGCCCAUGGUGGCCGGCGGCCGCUGAGCUCCGCCGCUCGCUCGGCCGCGGAGGCAGCCCGGGUGGAGCCGCCCUGGGGUCCCGAGGGCGGAGGCCGGCGGGGGCCCCGGGCGGGGAACAAUGAAGCUCCUGAAGCCGACCUGGGUCAACCACAAUGGAAAGCCAAUAUUUUCAGUGGACAUUCAUCCAGAUGGGACCAAGUUUGCAACAGGAGGACAAGGUCAGGAUUCUGGGAAAGUUGUAAUCUGGAAUAUGGCUCCUGUCCUGAAAGAGGAAGAUGAAAAGAAUGAAAAUAUCCCCAAGAUGCUUUGUCAGAUGGACAAUCACUUAGCAUGUGUGAACUGUGUGCGAUGGUCAAACAAUGGAGUUUACUUGGCUUCAGGGGGAGAUGACAAGUUGAUUAUGGUGUGGAAACGAGCUGCGUACAUUGGACCUAGCACUGUGUUUGGUUCUAGUAGCAAACUUACUAAUGUUGAGCAGUGGAGGUGUGUAUCGAUACUCAGAAGCCAUUCAGGGGAUGUCAUGGAUGUAGCGUGGUCUCCGCAUGAUGCCUGGCUGGCAUCCUGUAGUGUGGAUAACACUGUUGUCAUCUGGAACGCUGUCAAAUUCCCAGAAAUUCUUGCCACUUUGAAGGGGCAUUCUGGCUUGGUGAAAGGGCUGACCUGGGAUCCUGUUGGGAAAUACAUUGCCUCUCAGGCUGAUGAUCGAAGUUUGAAGGUGUGGCGGACCAUGGACUGGCAGUUGGAAACCAGCAUCACAAAACCCUUUGAUGAGUGUGGAGGGACAACUCAUGUGUUGCGACUUAGCUGGUCACCUGAUGGUCACUAUCUUGUUUCUGCUCAUGCCAUGAAUAAUUCUGGACCUACUGCUCAGAUCAUUGAGAGAGACGGAUGGAAAACCAACAUGGAUUUUGUAGGGCAUCGGAAGGCAGUUACAGUAGUGAAAUUCAAUCCGAAAAUCUUCAAGAAGAAACAAAAGAAUGGGAGCUCCACCAAGUCGAGUUGUCCCUACUGCUGCUGUGCUGUUGGUAGUAAGGAUCGAUCUCUUUCUGUCUGGCUCACAUGUCUGAAACGCCCGUUAGUUGUCAUUCAUGAGCUGUUUGACAAGUCUAUCAUGGACAUCUCCUGGACCCUUAAUGGACUUGGUAUCCUGGUGUGUUCCAUGGAUGGAUCAGUGGCAUUUUUGGACUUUUCCCAGGAUGAACUUGGAGAUCCACUCAGUGAGGAGGAAAAGAGCAACAUUCAUCAGUCCACCUAUGGCAAAAGCCUAGCUAUAAUGACUGAAGCUCAGUUGUCUACCACCAUUAUUGAGAAUCCAGAGAUGCUCAAGUACCAACAGAGGCAGCAACAGCAGCAGGGGGACCAGAAGAAUGCGUCAAUUAGGGAAGCAUCUGGGACUGGGACAGCGGCUCCCAAAGUGGCAAGCAUGGUUAAUGGGGAGAGUUUAGAGGACAUAAGGAAGAAUCUCUUAAAAAAACAAGUUGAAACACGGACAGCAGAUGGUCGGAGAAGGAUCACACCUCUCUGCAUAGCUCAGCUGGACACUGGGGAUUUUUCUACGGCAUUUUUCAAUAGCAUCCCAAUAUCUGGAUCUCUGUGUGGCUCAAUGAUGUCUUCUCAAAGUAACCAGCAGCUCAUGUCAUUAGAGUCUAAUGCAGCAAAUUCCCUUAAUACUUCAAAGCCUUCUGUAGAGCCAACAGCAGCCAGUAUAAAGUCAACAGAUGAUGCAGCCAAUAAAGAUGGUGUAAAUGCUACCUCUGCCUCAGCUGCUCCUCCUGCAUCAUCUUCCUCUGUCUUGACAACUCCAUCCAAGAUUGAACCUAUGAAAGCAUUUGAUUCUAGAUUUACGGAACGAUCCAAAGCCACCUCAGGGACUGCUGUUGUAACAAAUACAAAUCAGACUGUUGUGGACAGACUCAAGGAUCAGAAUUUAAUUAAAGACGGUAAACCCAAGGACAUUCUGGAGAGCAGCAGUGACAGCGAAGAGAAGAUUCCAGCUGCUAAACCACUCAGUGCACCCAAACGGAAACUGGAACUUGAGGGAGAAACAGUAGAAAAGAAGAAAAAAGGAAGGCCUCGGAAAGACUCUAGACUUGUACCAGUAACUUUAACUGUUCAGUCCCCAGCUACACUGGCCUCUGAGAAGGAUACUGCUUGCAUUUCUGCUCCAGCAUUAGCACUUAAACUGCCAACCCCAAUCCCACAGAAGUCGUUUACUUUGCAAGUAUGUUCAGAUCCAUCAAUGUACCUUGAAGUGGAGAAUGAAAUAACCACUGUGGGAGGUUCAAAGUUGAGCAGGUUAAAGUGUAAUCGAGAAGGAAAGGAAUGGGAGACAGUCCUCACCAGUCGAAUUCUCACUGUAGCAGGAAGCUGUGAGAUUGUAAGUGUAGCCUGUGAGAAACGAACAUUGUCAGUAUUUUCAGCUUGUGGUCGUCGCCUUCUUCCUCCUAUUAUAUUGAAUACACCCAUUUCCACCCUACAUUGCACAGGUUCUUACGUCAUGGCUCUCACCACUGCUGCUACGCUCUCUGUUUGGGAUGUUCACAAGCAGACCGUCAUUGUUAGAGAUGAGUCUUUGCAAACGAUAUUUUCAGGAAGCGAUGCAACUGUCUCUCAGAUCUUGCUGACUCAGCAUGGUAUACCUGUAAUGAGCAUGUCUGAUGGAAAGGCAUAUUGUUUUAAUCCUUCUCUUUCUACGUGGAAUCUUGUUUCCGACAAACAGGACUCUCUAGCACAAUGUGCAGACUUCAGGAAUAGUUUACCAUCCCAAGAAGCCAUGCUGUGUUCUGGGCCUUUAGCUGUAAUACAGGGACGAACGUCAAAUUCAGGAAGGCAAGCUGCAAGAUUGUUCUCCAUGCCUCAUUUAGUGCAACAAGAAACAACACUUGCAUACCUGGAGAACCAGAUCGCAGCAGCACUUAUCUUACAAUCCAGUCACGAAUAUCGCCACUGGCUCCUUAUCUAUGCACGGUACCUAGUUAAUGAAGGGUUUGAAUAUCGUUUGCGAGAAUUAUGCAAGGAUUUACUGGGUCCAGUCCAUUACUCAGCUGGAAGUCAGUGGGAAUCAACAGUUAUGGGUUUACGAAAGAGAGAACUAUUGAAAGAGCUUCUUCCUGUAAUUGGACAGAACCUCCGCUUCCAGAGGCUUUUCACAGAAUAUCAAGAGCAGCUAGACAUCUUGAGAGACAAAUAGCAUUUACCCAGAUUUUCCCUGCGGGGCCUGGUCCACGAGAAACUGCUGAACAGCAUUAACCAGAGACAGAAGAGGAGCAAGAGCCCGGUCAGCAGGGACACUCCUGAAGAGGGCAGUGCCGUAAGGGUCCCAGGAGUGACCUGCUUUAGUUUUUAAAGAAGCUCACAAGUGGAUUUGUGAAAAUGAGUGGAUGAGCUAGACCAUUUCCCAAGUAAAACCAUCGAAGCUGUGGCCUCUGUUUCUAUGGAAAGUCGUGGAUGUGUACUUCAGGGGGGUCCUUUUGGAUCUGGUUCUCAUUUUAAUAUCAAAACUAGCUGAGAACUGUUUGUGGGGUUUCUUGGAUGUCCUGUGAAAAGCACAGUACUUCAGAGUACACUGAACAGCAUAUUUAACCCUGUUUAGGGUUUUUUGCCUGAGGAUUUAUUGAGGCUCAACACUAUAUUAAAUUAGAUGAAUGAGCCACGUAAAAAGAAAUUUCAUAAAUAUUAAGGUAUUAUGCAGCCAAUAGACUCUUUCCUGUGAAUAUAAUAAUAAUAAUAAGAGGCUGUUCUAACACAUGGACUAUUUUUGUACUAGAAUUUGCUAACUUGUAAUAUGGAAUUUUAUUUGGCCGAUAAUCAGGCUGUCUCUACAAAGUCAUCUUGUAGGAAAUCUAACUCUAAUUACAAAAGCUAUGUUUCAAAAUAAUUCUACCAAAUUAACAUGUCAUCAUCUGGUUUUUAAUUUUUAAAUGUUUGUAAAAGGCAUUUUAGGGGGGAGGGAAAGGGAUACAGUGGGGUGACUCUUUUUGUAAGUACAGAAAUAAAUGAACAUUGCAUUGGUUUAAAAAACAAACAGAACAAAUGUAAGUCUUGAAUUAUUACAAAGGGCACAAGCAUCUCCAGAAAUGUCAACGCAGGCUGAAUCAUGUUAAUGUGUCUAGAAAUAAAUAAUACUGUCUGGGUGAUCUUUCCUCUG